GUCUCCAUGUGUUCGCAGAGCAUCCACCAUCUUCACUGAAACCGGGCGGCCACGGCAGUAGCACAAGAGCUGCACAGCGUUCAUUUCCGGACGCUCGGGCAACGACCAUACCAAUAACGAACGUUACCAUCCGCUCAGCUUCCUGAGCCUCAUCUCUAUAUAUCGUCUUUGCCCAUCCGCAGCCGCCGCGCAACGACUGUAGCUGCGUAGUAGAGCAGGUCUGAAGCUCGACACUCGACUGUCUCAUGCGAACUUCUAGCGUUACAUCCUUCCUCCCUCCAGGUGCGUGUUGAUGCGACAUCGCAAAUAUGGAUCUCUCAGGCUUCGAUCCGUCGACCAUGACCUACCUGGCCACCCAGAUGCAGCACCCAAACACGGGGAGUGGCCAGGAUCCGUUCCAGGAGAUGCUCCUACCAACUGACUUUAGUGAGCACCACUCUGCCUAUGGAGGAUACGCUGGUAGCGAGGAGCUCCAUCUUCACGGCUUGCCAGGCCCACCGCCGCUCAAACGCUUCGCGAGUGCCUAUGAGGAUCCCUUCUCCGAUGUGGUGAGCGCAUUUGAUGCUCCGCUACACCAGGACCAACACGAGCCGGAGUCGCCGUCCAUCGAUCGAGAUAACAAGCUACUCAGCUUCUCGCCGCCAGUACUCGACUAUGCCUUGCUCGACUACACAUAUCGAAGGACAACAAUAUCGCUGGCAGCGCAGCUCCAUGGCAUGUUCUUCUUGGCAGAAUCGCCAUGGGCAUCUGCGGGCGAUGCGAACCCACCUCCUUCAGAACUCACAUGCUACAGACGCAAUCUGUUCCAGAUCACCGGAGAAAUUACCCUGCCGAGAACAUUACGCUAUAUCAUGACAGAGCAAGGAGAGCAGAUACCAAUCAUUGGGCAAGAGCUAGUCAUCAAUGCAACAGAGUCUACAGAGGGCAAUUCUGUCAAGAUCAUAUCCGUACCGUGGAAGACUCCAGUGAGUCCAAAUGUGCCGGUGCAAGAAGACAAAGUGGAGCGAGAGCCUUCGUCAAUACCUCUGGAUCUCAUGAAUGUUCAAGAGCUGAGCAGCGACUUUGCCAGCUUCCCAUUCCAGUGGAAGCGACUGCAGUUCCGAAUAGCGACUGCCAAUAAUGGAAGAAGGAAAGAGCUGCAGCAGCACUUCGUAGUACGCUUGAAAGUUCUCGCAACUCUAGCUACUGGAGGAAAGAUACCCAUCUGCGAGGUCGCAUCGGGUGCAAUCAUCGUUCGGGGUAGAAGCCCGCGCAAUUUCCAGUCGCGCAAAGAUCUUCCUUUGAACGGAGGCGGCCAUGUCCGGAAAGCUUCGAACAUGACCCGUUCCGCUACUACCGUCCAUGGAGGCGAAAAGCCCAAGAAUGAUGGGCCGACAUCAGCACCGCCCGUGAAGACCGAAGGUCCAGCACCGCCAAUAUCUACGUACUCUUUCAACGAGAAUGAAGGUAUUGCACCAAAGGAGACGUACAACAACAGCUGGGGCCAAGCAGAUGCGGGAGCUCAAGACGCCUCGGCUGCUGUUGAACCACCAUUGAAGAGUCCGCCUCUCCCAGGUGAGAUAUACCCGAUAUCUUCACCAGGCCGAAACAACAAGUCUACAGAGCCAAAGCUCAUGGGCCCACCUCCUGCCCCAAUCAAUCUGUCUCUCGUAGAAGACGAUUCACCAAAGCCGGGAAGUAGUGCCACACCACCAGAACAGCGGUCAGCGAAACGGAUAACAAUACCACCAAGGCCUCCGUCAUUUUCGCUGAACACCAUCAACAGUCCGGACGAGAGUGCAGAUCUGCUAUAUGAAUACUUUCCGCUUUCUCUAGAUGACUGGAUGCCGCCGGUCGAUGCAGUCUACCGACCGCACGUUGUGCAUCAUACGAAACUGCCCACAGACCCAAGAGAUCCGACUGCAAGCGCGAAAUCACGAAAACAUUUGCUAUACGCUUGA